UUAGCAUCGAAUCAACCGAUAAGAGGUCCUAACCAGCAGAUUAAGAGGAGUCUGCGUCCAUUUCUUAAGCCGGACUAAAUUUUGACAAGUCGAGACUGGUUCAGUUUGUUGUCUAUACUGCUUGAUCCAUUAGAUAAAGAUCCCAUGAUGGAAGAAGAGACUACAGUGUCAACCUCCUAUGUUUUCCGAGGGAUUGAGUACAUUGUAACAAUGUCCACUCAGUCACAGAGUCUGACCCUGGAGGUAGAGGAUAGGUUAACAGCAGACCAAUGGCGGGCCACAUUUGAUUCUGCAUAUAUAGAGGACCUGACCCAUAAGACAGGAAACUUUAAACAAUUUCACAUCUUCAAUAGUAUGUUGGAAUCUGCUGUCACUCAGAGCAGUGACAGUGUAUCACUGGACUUGCUUACCUACUCAGACCUGGAGUCCCUUAGACAGAGGAAGACAAAUGUACCCAAAAGCUCCAUUCCUUCUAACAGAUCUGUGUCUGUCAACUCAAAGCGCUACCUCAUCCUCACUUACACUGUGGAAUUUGACAGAAUCCACUAUCCUCUCCCAAUACCUUACAUGGGAAAACCUGACCCACGCCGUCUUCAGGAGACAAUUCGACAGCUCAGGGAGGAAAUCAAAGUUUUGCGGCAACAGGGAGGAUCAGAAUUCAAGUCAAAGGAAAUGGAAAAGUUACAGCGAGAUUAUAAAACAUUGCUGAAGGAGAAGGAGGAAACAGAAGCUGAAUUUCUACAGUACAGGCGGGAGAUGAAGAACACUUCAUCAGGAAAUGCUGUCAAGGAAAUUCGUGCUUUAAAAAUAUUUAGUAAGAGUUUAGAGGAGGAGCUGAUGAAAGAGAAGACAAGACAUCAGCGAUCUGCAAGUAAACGUAGCCAGGAAUACAGAGAUUUGCUAGAGGAGGUUGAAGAGCUGAGGGCAUCGGAACGAAAUCUGCGUGUUCGAGUAAAGAGCUUAACUAAUGAAUUAGCUAUGUACAAAAGAGACAGACUACACCCACCAGUCCACCAUCAGCGGUCUUCACGACCUCCUACAAGGGACAGAUUUCCUUCUAGAGAGCGAUCACUUUCUCGGGAACGAUCUCUGUCCAGGGAUAGGUCAUGGUCAAGUGACCGAUUGUCUGUCAGAGAUAGGUCAUUAUCCCGAGACCAAGAUCGUCCUUCAUCUGCUCCCAAUAGGAGCCGAAACUCUUCAUAUAGAAACUCCUUUACAAAGCCAAGGAGUCGCACACCUUCUCCAUCACCAGCAGGUGCUAGAAAUCCAAGAUUUGAUCCUUCAGCUUACAUCAAAGAUCAAGAACGACGAAAGAAAGAAAAUAAAUUAAAAAAACAAAGGCAAGUAAUGUCUAAUUUAUCAGGAUGCUCCAACAGAUCAAAACAGUCACCAAGCUCUUCCAGAAUCAACUCUAGUCGUCUUUCAGCAGCAAGCAGUCGAAACAGGUCACGGACAUCCUCAUAUGGGAGUGCAGGUGAAUUAAGUGAUGGAGGGAUGUCAGAUUCUUCCUAUUCUCGUUUAAGAACAUACAACAAGAAUUAUUCCAGAAAUAAACGACCAGAACAACAAACAAAUCCCUAUCUGUCCAGUCCAGAAGUGCCACAGAAAACAACAAGUAGAAUAAAUGGCAAAACAAGGAACCUCAAGAAACUUCCUGUGUCAAGUACUCCUGACAACCAUUACCAAACCAAGAGGAAACGGCCACUAAGGAACAAAGAAAACUUCCCUGCAGAGAGUGGAGAGGAUAGUGACUAUUUUGACCGAUCAGUGGAAAUCUCAGAAAUUGAUGAAAGACUGAGCCGACUACAGCAGCUGAUGAAAACUAGCAUGGAAUGACACAAAAGAGAUUAAGGACCACCUGGAUCUAAUGAUCAAACAGCAGGAAUUCUACAGAUUGUCAGUGACGGAAGAUUUAGUACCGUGGGAAGCAUAUCAAUCCAUAGACACAUUAAGGCUACAACUAUAGCAGCUGUAACAUAUACAUGAGGAUUAAAGUAGCUGAAAGCAGCAACAGUAUCACUGUCAAUCUGAGUGUAUGAGAGUAUAGUAGGACAGUUGUACACAGCCACA